CGACCCUACAAGGAAAAUGACGGCCACGAAGGCGUGUUACAAUUUGCAGUUUUUAAGACAAUUUACUCGGAUUUUAUUCCAAUAAUCCAGAAAAGAAAUAGCACCAUGGAAACGUUGGAGAAGUCAGCAUCGGAGUCAUUGGAACUACUAGCAAAAUUAGAUACUAUGAAGUCCGAAACAUCUGAUACAGUGGCUCAGGCAACAUCUAACGAGAGGCUUAAACUUCAAAAUAAACAUCUCAGAAAUAAACUUGGGAGUGUGCGGGAAAAGGGAUUAUAUCAAGACUUAGAGUUUAAAUUAUCAGAUGGAAGCACUGUGUGGGCUCAUAGAGCAAUCGUCUGUGAAUAUAGCUCAUACGUUGCACUGGUUUGCUCAUCCGAUUCUGACAAUAUAAACCAUUCACAGACUCUGUCCACGACUGUUGAUUUAUCUGGUCAAGUAGAUGACACUUUGAAGUUCACACCCAGCAUUAUUAACUAUGCGCUGGAUUAUAUGUACGGCAAAGAUGUGACUUUAACCAAUGAGGAUGCUAUGAAAUGUUCUCGUCUCGCAGUUAAACUUAACAUUCCUGAACUGUUAUCUGCAAUUGAUUCAUCUUUAGUGGAUUCUGGUAUGCCAAGAGAUGAUAUUGCAACAGAUAAUGCAUAUAUAAAUCCCGAUCCUGAUCCUGAUCCUGAACUAAGUGAACCACAUACUCAUAACAUAAAACAGGAACCCAGUGAUACAACCUACACAAACAAUGAAAUGUAUGAUGACUAUUUAAUACCAUUAACAGGAUUUGAAGGGGACAAUGAAACAAUAGAACAACCAGAUUCUCCAGUUAAGACCCCACCAGUAUCCAAACGCAAAAAGCGAAAAACAAACGAUGAUGAGGAUUGGACACCAGGUCAGACAUCAUCUAAGAAAAAAGUAACGAGUAAGAAAACUCCAAAGAAAAAACAGAAAGUUGAGACAUUUGAAGACAGUGGUGACCCCGACCAUGACAUACAUGAUGACGUGGAUUAUAAUGAAGAUACAGAUGAAUACAUUGAGCAGGAAGAGCAGGAGAAUGAUGAAGAAGAUGGUGAAGUAUGGGAUGGUACAAAGAGAAUAACUGGAAAAGUUAAGCUUAGAAAUGAGGUGCAGAAAGUGAACACUAGAGUAACUGAAAAUAAAUAUAUUAUCAAUAAAUCCACAGUGUCGGAGGAAGAUGAAGAAAGGGAACAGAAAUCCAAAAAAAAGAAGAAAAGGAAGUUUAUUUGCACUUACUGCAAGGAAGUAUUCACAUCAAGACCAGAUCUCAUAGAACACAAGAAGGUACAGCAUCAGCGAUUUUGUUGUAGCAAAUGUAAGACACAAUCCUUCAAUUCCCAGGAACUCCUCGACGAACAUACAGCACUUCAUGACCAAGACAGAGUUGAAUCUGAAGGCCUUAUCGCAAAAAAGCAUUUGAAAUGCCGGCACAAAGGUUGUGCUAAGAGAUCUGCAACACAGGAGGAAAUGAAUGUCCAUGUUGAGGAGGAACAUGGUUGUUUUACAUGCUCUGUGUGUAACUCUGCUAGAUUCAAGACUCAAGAAGAUCUGGAAAAUCAUGUUGUGACACAUAAAGGUGCCCACAAGUGUAAGCUGUGCAAUGAUCGGUUUGGAACACGACUCCUGCUAGGAAAGCACAAAGAGGAGAAACAUGGCAUGUUUGCUUGUGACAUAUGUGGCACAGCCUGUAAAAGUCUCGGCGAUGUAGCACAUCAUAAAAUACAACACGAAGGACCAAAGCCAUUUGUGACUGUAGAUGAGAAGGGAACAAGAGUUUAUCAUUGUGACACAUGUGAGGCAACACUUAGAAAUAAUCAGCUGUUUUUUGCUCACAUGAAGAAUCAUCAUGGACCAAAUCCACUGAGGUGUAAAAAUUGCCCAAACAGAAGUGACUCACUCCAUCAAUGGACAACACAUAUGGCAAGUCAUAAAGAUGAAAAAAAUUAUCAAUGUCCCAUAUGCAGCUUUAGUUUGAAAAGUAAGAAAAAUCUGGAUCGUCAUCUGUUAACCCAUGAUGAUACUAUAUUCCAUGUAUGUCAUAUAUGUGGCAUGAAAUUGAAGACUUCAAGUCUUCUGAGACGACACUCAUAUAUACAUAGAGACACAAAACCACACAUAUGCCAGGAAUGUGGAAAAGCUUUUAGUGAUCCUAUUAGGCUAACAACUCAUAAGAGGUGUCAUAAACAACGUUUUAUUUGUAAGAACUGUGGAAGAAAAUUUGGACGCAAGGACAAUUUAAUGGUUCAUGAAAGGAUCCACACGGGAGAAAAACCAUAUGAAUGUAAAAAUUGUGAAAAAAGCUUUGCACAAUUGUCCUCCCUGUGUUCUCAUUCAAAGACAUGUGGAAGAGGACGAGUGAAAUUAUAGCCAAGGAAAAUGAGGA